AGAAGCAAAGUUGACAUUUCUGGAUCACUCUCCCCAGAGGCGUCGCUUGCCAACUUCUGGGACAUGCAGUCUCACCGAGGGGACUGACAGGCAGGGACAGACAAGAGGCAGCUAAAUCCGCGCUGCUGAAGGCAGGCUGAAGUUACAGAACUUGGGCUAUUUUUCUGCUCCCCCAUCCCCCCGCCUCCCUACGAACCACAUCUUGACUCAUACAGUCGAAAGAAAAAACUCUUUUGGUUAUUUGAUAUUUGGGAAACCUCCAGGAGACCAUAACUUAGUUUUGAGGAAGCCUUGUCUCUCACUUUGCUGGGAGCACACACACUCACACACACACACACACACACACACACACACACACACACACACACACUUGCUCACACGGCUCCAACACCAUGGUGGUUCAGGCUGCAGUGGCUCCGAAUAGAUCUCAAAGACUUUUACUGAAAAUUCCGUAUGGAUCUCUGAGAAGACGCAGCGUGGAGAGGAUGACGGAGGGCCGUCGAUGUCAAGUACAUCUUCUGGAUGACAGGAAGCUGGAACUCUUAGUACAGCCCAAGCUUUUGGCCAAGGAGCUCCUGGACCUCGUGGCAUCGCACUUCAACCUGAAGGAAAAGGAAUACUUCGGAAUAGCCUUCACAGAUGAGACGGGACACUUAAACUGGCUUCAACUAGAUCGAAGAGUAUUGGAACACGACUUCCCCAAAAAGUCGGGACCAGUGGUUUUGUACUUCUGUGUCAGGUUCUACAUAGAAAGCAUCUCGUACCUAAAGGAUAAUGCCACCAUUGAGCUCUUCUUCCUGAAUGCUAAGUCCUGUAUCUACAAGGAGCUGAUCGAUGUUGACAGUGAAGUGGUGUUUGAAUUAGCCUCCUAUAUUUUACAGGAGGCAAAGGGAGAUUUUUCUAGCAAUGAGGUGGUGAGGAGUGACUUAAAGAAGCUGCCGGCGCUCCCCACUCAAGCCCUGAAGGAGCACCCCUCCCUGGCCUACUGUGAGGACCGAGUCAUUGAGCACUACAAGAAACUGAACGGCCAGACCAGAGGUCAAGCAAUUGUAAACUACAUGAGCAUCGUGGAGUCUCUCCCAACCUACGGGGUUCACUAUUAUGCAGUGAAAGACAAGCAGGGGAUACCGUGGUGGCUGGGACUGAGCUACAAAGGAAUCUUCCAGUAUGACUACCACGAUAAAGUGAAGCCGAGGAAGAUCUUCCAAUGGAGGCAGUUGGAAAACCUGUAUUUCAGAGAAAAGAAGUUUUCCGUGGAAGUUCAUGACCCCCGCAGGGCUUCAGUGACCAGGAGGACGUUUGGACACAGUGGCAUCGCGGUACAUACAUGGUACGCAUGUCCAGCAUUGAUCAAGUCCAUCUGGGCUAUGGCCAUUAGCCAGCACCAGUUCUAUCUGGACAGAAAGCAGAGUAAGUCUAAAAUCCAUGCCGCGCGCAGCCUGAGCGAGAUCGCCAUCGACCUGACCGAGACCGGCACGCUGAAGACCUCCAAGCUGGCCAACAUGGGGAGCAAAGGGAAGAUCAUCAGCGGCAGCAGCGGGAGCCUCCUGUCAUCAGGUUCUCAGGAAUCCGAUAGCUCUCAGUCGGCCAAGAAAGACAUGCUGGCCGCCUUGAAGUCCAGGCAGGAAGCUCUGGAAGAAACUCUCCGCCAGCGGCUGGAGGAACUGAAAAAGCUCUGCCUUCGAGAAGCUGAGUUGACAGGCAAACUGCCCGUUGAGUAUCCCUUGGACCCGGGGGAGGAACCACCCAUCGUUCGCAGAAGAAUCGGGACGGCCUUCAAACUGGAUGAACAGAAAAUCCUGCCCAAAGGAGAGGAGGCCGAGCUGGAACGCCUGGAACGGGAAUUUGCCAUUCAAUCCCAGAUUACAGAGGCCGCCCGCCGCCUCGCCAGUGACCCCAACGUCAGCAAAAAACUGAAGAAACAAAGGAAAACCUCUUAUCUGAACGCACUGAGGAAGCUGCAGGAGAUCGAGAAUGCCAUCAACGAGAACCGCAUCAAGUCUGGGAAGAAACCCACGCAGAGGGCUUCGCUGAUCAUCGCCGAUGGAAAUAUUGCCAGCGAAGACAGCUCCCUCUCAGAUGCCCUUGUGCUAGAGGAUGAAGACUCUCAGGUCACCAGCACACUGUCCCCCUUACAGUCUCCUCACAAGGGACUCCCUCCUCGACCACCGUCACACAACAGGCCCCCUCCUCCCCAGUCCCUGGAGGGACUCCGGCAGAUGCACUAUCACGGCAGCGACUACGACAAAUCCCCCAUAAAGCCCAAAAUGUGGAGUGAGUCCUCUUUAGAUGAGCCUUAUGAGAAGGUCAAGAAACGUUCCUCCCACGGCCAUUCCAGCAGUCACAAGCGAUUCCCCAGCACGGGCAGCUGUGCAGAAGCAGGCGGGGGCAGUAGCUCCCUCCAGAACAGCCCCAUCCGCAGCCUCCCUCACUGGAACUCCCAGUCCAGCAUGCCGUCCACACCAGACCUGCGGGUCCGGAGUCCCCACUAUGUUCAUUCCACGAGGUCGGUGGACCUCAGCCCCACGCGGCUGCACAGCCUCGCCCUGCACUUUAGGCACCGGAGCUCCAGCUUGGAGUCCCAGGGCAAGCUCCUGGGCUCGGAGAACGACACGGGGAGCCCCGACUUCUACACCCCGCGGACUCGUAGCAGCAACGGCUCCGACCCCAUGGACGACUGCUCCUCCUGCACCAGCCACUCGAGCUCGGAGCACUACUACCCGGCGCAGAUGAACGCCAACUACUCCACGCUGGCCGAGGACUCGCCGUCGAAGGCGCGCGCGCGGCAGCGGCAGCGGCAGCGGGCGGCGGGCGCGCUGGGCGCCGCGAACUCGGGCAGCAUGCCCAACCUGGCGGCGCGCGGCGGCGGCGCGCACGGCGUCUACCUGCACAGCCAGAGCCAGCCCAGCUCGCAGUACCGCAUCAAGGAGUACCCGCUGUACAUCGAGGGCGGCGCCACGCCCGUGGUGGUGCGCAGCCUGGAGAGCGACCAGGAGGGCCACUACAGCGUCAAGGCGCAGUUCAAGACGUCCAACUCGUACACGGCGGGCGGCCUGUUCCGGGAGAGCUGGCGCGGCGGCGACGAGGGCGACGCGGGCCGCCUGACGCCGUCGCGCUCGCAGAUCCUGCGGACUCCGUCGCUGGGCCGCGAGGGCGCCCACGACAAGGGCGCGGGCCGCGCCGCCGUCUCGGACGAGCUGCGCCUGUGGUACCAGCGCUCCACGGCCUCGCACAAGGAGCACAGCCGCCUGUCGCACACCAGCUCCACCUCCUCGGACAGCGGCUCCCAGUACAGCACCUCCUCCCAGAGCACCUUCGUGGCGCACAGCAGGGUCACCAGGAUGCCCCAGAUGUGCAAGGCCACGUCAGCUGCCUUACCUCAAAGCCAGAGAAGCUCAACGCCGUCGAGUGAAAUUGGAGUGACGCCCCCAAGCAGUCCCCACCACAUCCUAACCUGGCAGACUGGGAGUUACGCUGAUAGCUGUUUCCUGGAUUCCUCCCUCUAUCCAGAACUAGCCGACGUCCAGUGGUACGGGCAGGAAAAAGCUAAGCCCGGGACCCUCGUGUGAGCCAGCUGGCCUCAAUCUGACCGCCUCAACGCCAUUCAGAGAUCACCUCACUGCCUCUCAUUUGCCUUACCCAGACGCACUGUCACCCUGCACCAGCUUCGGCCCUCAGCACUUUUUUUCUCCCGUCUCCGCAUUCCCUUCACCCUCAAAAACCUGACUGAGGAGACAUUCUGGAAGGUUCCGGUCCCACUGUGUGUCCUCUGGCUCUCUCGCCCACGGAGAGCCAGGCGCCAAUCCUCAACGGCACCUUGGUGGCUUCCCCCUGCCGUGACAGCCCCCAGGCCGGGAGCCAUCAGGGAAGGUAACGGACAUCAAACUCCUGUGGACAGGUGGCAUUGGAAGAGAACAGGAAAGGGGACUCGAGUACAGGGUGAUCCAGAAAGACGAUGAAGCUAUGGUCGGCCUGCACUCGGUGAAGAUGAUGCCUCGCUCGCUCGCGCGGGGGAAUAUGGGACUCCGUUGACACUUGAAAUAGUCCCGGGGGGGGGGGGGGGGGGGGGAGGGGGGAGUGGCUGUCGGGGGAGGGGGAGAAUGAAAAAGGAAGCUUAACAUGUCAGAGAUGCAUCCGAGGAUCACAAUCAGUUCUAUGCUGCCAAAGAUUAAAAAAAAAAAAAAAAAAAAAAAAAUUAAAAAUAAAAAAACAAAAAAGGGGCCAAGGGGAAGACAUUCUUUCUGCAGUGAAACCUUUUAAAUUCUCAACGGCUCCUACUCAUCACAAGUGCAAGCCCACCACACGUAAAUGGUUUCCCCCUCUCUGUCCCUCUCUCCCACCGUCCCACCCACUGUCUCAGGCCAGAGCCCGGAGGGCUAACCCAGCUGCUGCCCCAGAUCCCUGGGAGUGUGGACGGGGAAGAGCAGGUCCGCCUGGUCUGUGCGGGAGUGGGGGAGGGGGAGGCGGGGCUUCCCUUCCGACCCACCACACAAAGCUGCUUUUCUUUUGGGAUCUGUAGGAGAUGGAAGGUGGUGAUCGCCAAGCGCUUCUCUCUCAUUCAAACCACCAGUAAAAGCGUGUCCUGUUUUGCACAAGGUGUUACGUUUUUCUUUUUUACGGGAAACCAAGGGAAAAGCACAUGGCCAUCCAUUCGAGUGUUCUAACCGUUGUGGCUCAUUUUCUAUUUGUUAGCACUUGUGUGACAAAGAGCUCAGACCCGACUUCGACUUCUCUCGGCACCCGGCUACCAAUGUGUCACUUAUUCAAAGAACCCAACUAUGCCCUUAGAUUUUUAUCCCGUGUCUCUUAGGCGGAGCAGGGGUGGGGGGGAGAAAGUCCCGGCUCCCAGAGGGCCCGUACGCCUACAGCCUCGGCAGCUACCUUGAUGUACCCGCAUUCGUCUGCAGACACCAAGAGAGGAAGAAAGAAGAGAGAGAAAAGGUGUGUGGGAGCUGCACGUUUACAUGUGUUUUGAGCUCUGCUUAAUACACAACCGGAAAGCCAUCUAUCUUCAAAGGCCUCAAAAAUACUUUUAUAAUAAUGAGCGCACACUCUUCGUUGGGUUAUUCCAAAUGGCACAAACACGGUCUCCACAGAGGGGGUACGCUGUGCUUACCGGCACAGGUGGGGGGGGGGGGUGCGGGGGAGGGGACGCUUUUUCUCACUUGUAAUGACUUCCUAUUGCAAAGGCAUUUUGACAGCCAGGGACAGGAGCCGGGGUGGGGUAAUUUUGUGGGCAAACAGAACCACAGUUAGCUUUAGCGUAAAAAGAAAAAUCUUUGUUUUUUUUAUGUAUGUGUAAUCCGAGAGUAAUGAGAGACUCUACCAGACCAGGAGGGUAGGAUGGACACUACAAUGAAUUCAGUGGCAGUGCUCUCCUUCUGCGGUAGCUUGGAAAGCACUGUGGGGUCCCACUGAGGCUGGGACCGCUCUGGGCAACUGAGGGCCCGGUGUCCCCUCUCCGUGCACACCAGCUCUGUGGUGGUAACAGCUGGAGAAAGGGACAUCCUCACAAAACCUCUGGGGAAACCCUGCAGGAGAAACAAAACUGGUUGCAAUGCCAUGAAGUGAUCGUGGGGAGGGAGGGGAUGGGGUUUUCGUGGCCCUUAUUUUGAUGAUCAAUCAGAGCUACAGCCCGCAGGUUUUCUUCCUUCCCCAUUCAGAAUAUUCUGCACCGGGCCAUCUUUCUUUCUCUCCAGUGACACACAGAUAAUCAAACUGAACUGUGUGCAGCAGGGCAAGUCAAGAGAGAAACCGAGGAGGUGACAAGGUUACGUGGCUGCGGGGUGACCGGCACGUACCGUAGUUUCAAAUCUGGUCUGACGUCCAUCGGAUCAUGCUUUGAGCCCAGUUGGGUUUACGAGGAAUGAGAGACGAAAAUUCUUCCUCAACGCUUGGGUUUUGGAUUCAGGAGGCAGCGAGGAACGGGGUGGGAGGGAAAUCCAGUUCAGACAAACACCAUUAUAGUCUGGUAGUAAAGACAGAGAUUAAGUCAAACAGGUUUUACUGUUGAGCUGCGUUCAGUUACUACAAAAUGUACAUACUGUUAGUCCUUUGAGACCGACAUGAUUCAUGACCAGUGUGGUGGGAAACAAUAGCUGUUUUGUACAAGCACUUGCAAGCUCUUCCCAGAUCCCGAUUUCUUUAAAAACAAAGUAAGAUGGAAUAUAAAGCCCCUGGUCUGAUAUAAGCCCCUACUGGAUUCUUGGGAUACGUGUAAGAAAUUGCCUGUUUAGCCUGAAGACUGUUGGGAACACCUACAUCAGACUUUGUUGUGAGACAGGUGGAUUUUUUGUUUUGUUUUGUUUUAUUAUAUGCAGUGAGUGUUGAAACUGUUAAAAUUCCGAUUUGUUUUCAUUCAGUGUUAGUUCUAAAUAUAGCAACCCCCCCUCCAGGUGCUAUCAGAUGACCAGUUACUGCUUAGUUCACUAGGUGUAAAGUUUUACAUAUACAUUAAUGUCAAUAGUUUAUUACACGUUGUGCAAAAUGGACUCUAGUUUAAUAAUGGGGAGAAAGGAUUAGGUUGCUCCUGAAACUGACUGUAGAGCAUGUAAAAUGAUUUUACUGGAUUCUGUUCAACUGUAAUCAAUGAAAAGGAUGUAUGUUGUAGACAAAGUUGCAGAAUUAAAAAGAAAUCUGCUUUUAAUUUAUUCUUUUUGUAUUAAGAAUUUGUAUAGUACCUUUACAUUUUGCAAAACAGUGUUGUCAACACUUAUUAAAGCAUUUUCAAAAUGAAAAGA